ACGUACACGGGCACCAUUCUGAUCGCGGCGAACCCCUUCAUGCGCAUCCCCGGCAUCUACGACCGCGAGAUGCGCGACGCGUACCGCGGCCAGCAAGUAGGCGAGCUCAGCCCGCACGUUUUUGCCAUCGCUGAUAAUGCGUACAGGGCCAUGCGCGACGAGCGGCGCAGCCAGUCCAUUCUGAUCAGCGGGGAGAGCGGCGCCGGCAAGACGGAGACCACGAAGCUCGUGAUGGAGUACCUGGCGUCCGUGGGGGGGCGGGCGGACACCGAGGGGGAGAGGAGCAUCGAGAACCAAGUGCUGGAGUCCAACCCACUGCUGGAGGCGUUUGGGAAUGCCAAGACCGUGCGCAAUGAUAACUCCAGUCGUUUUGGCAAGUUCAUCGAGAUCCAGUUCGACCAGCGCGGGCGGGUGUCAGGAGCCGCCAUCCGGUCGUACCUGUUGGAGCGGUCGCGCGUGGUGCAGAUCGCCGACCCCGAGCGCAACUACCACUGCUUCUACCAGCUCUGCGACGGGGCUUCUGAUGAGGAAGCAGAGCUGCUGAGACUACCACCCGGUCCCAACCGGGCGCAGCACUUCCACUACCUGAAUCAGAGCCGGUGCUUCGAGCUGGAGGGCAAGUCCAGCAACGCGGAGGAGUACGGCAAGACCCGCAGCGCCAUGCGCGUCAUCGGGAUCUCCGAGGACGAACAGCUGUCCAUCCUGCGUCUGCUGGCGGCCGUGCUGCAUCUGGGCAACGUGGAGUUCCGGGAGAAGGGCGACAAGCUGCGGGUCGCCAAGCACGCCGAGGACACUCUGGAGACUGUCGCCUCGCUGCUGUCCUGCGACCGCAAGAAGCUGCAGGAGUCGCUGUGCACGGUGCGGCGCAAAGUGGGCGGGGAGACCAUCAAGAGUGCGCUCGACGUCAAGGCCGCCACUGUCCGGCGCGACACGCUCGCCAAGACACUCUACUCCAAGCUCUUUGACUGGAUCGUGCAAAAGGUGAACCGGUCCAUCGGGCAGGACGCCAACGCCAUGGCCAUCAUUGGCGUGCUUGAUAUCUACGGCUUCGAGCACUUCAAGAUCAACAGCUUCGAGCAGUUCUGCAUCAAUCUCGCCAACGAGAAGCUGCAGCAGCACUUCAACCAGCACGUGUUGAAGCUGGAGCAGGAGGAGUACGAGAGGGAGCAGAUCAACUGGAGCUACAUCAACUUCAGGGACAACCAGGACGUGCUGGACCUCAUCGAGGGGGACAAGGGCAUUCUCAGCAUCCUCGACUCCGCCUGCCGCCUGGCGCAGUCGACGGCGGAGGGCUUGACCCUCUCGCUGUACGACGCCUUCCUCAAGCACGAGCGCUUCUCCAAGUCCAAGGGCUCCGUCACCGACUUCACCCUCGAGCACUACGCUGGCCGGGUGAAGUACAGCACGGGCGAGUUCAUCAGCAAGAACAUGGACGCCGUGGUGGCGGAGCACGAGGCGCUGCUGCACAAGUCCACCGACCCCUUCGUGGCUGCACUCUUCCCGCCCGCCGCGCCCGCACCUGCCGACGACAAGGCGGGCAAGGCCGCCAGCAAGUUCGCCUCCCUUGGCCGCUCGUUCAAGCAACAACUGGCGCAGCUCAUGGAGACGCUCAACCGCACAGAACCGCACUACAUCCGGUGCAUCAAGCCCAACGCGCGGAGCCGCCCGGGCAUGUUCCAGCGGGCCAUGGUCACGGACCAGCUGCGGUCAGGGGGUGUGCUGGAGGCCAUCCGCAUGUGCUCCGCCGGCUACCCCACGAGGCGCACCUUUGAGGACUUUGUGGACCGCUUUGCACUGCUGCUGCCCUCGCUGCUGGACCACGACAUGACGGACAUCGAGUACGUGGAGGCGCUGCUCAAACAUGCCAAGCUCGAGAACUACCAGAUCGGACUGACCAAGGUGUUUCUGAGGGCGGGCCAGAUGGCGUUGCUGCAGACCAUGCGCCUGGAGGCCAUGAACGAAGCUGCCAGGAAGAUUCAGAGGGCCACGCGGCGCUUCCUCUUCAACCGCCACCGCAGACGAGCAGCCCUCCUCAUCCAGACGCACUGGCGGGGCUACUCGGCCCGCAGUGCAUACUACCACCUGCGGCGGCUCGUGGCGGCGACAGCCAUCCAGGCGGCGGAGAGGGGGCGGCAGCAGCGGGUGCGCUUCGUGGAGCUGCGGCACGCGGCGGUGGUGGUGCAGGCGGCGGUGCGCAUGCACCUGUGCCGCAUGCACUACGUGCACACACGGCGGGAGCUGGGAGCCACUCGCAUCCAGAGCGCGUGGCGGGGAUACGUGCAGCGCAAGCCGUGGAGGGCGCUCAAGCACGUGCUGGCGGCUAGAGUGGCGCGCCUGCGGCUGCACCACCUCAGGCUGGAGGCGAGCCGGCAGGCGGAGCUGGCGCCACCGCGCAAGAAGAAGGACGUGGCGAUCGAGACGAUCCGCAUGAUGACCCUCAGAGUGAUGCGGGAGAAGGCCGAGAAGUCCCGUGCAACUGCAGAGCGCCAGCUGGCGGAGGUCCGCGCUGAGCUGGAGCGGACGAGGAAGGAGCUGGCAGGCAAGGGGCGUGAGGUGGCGCGGCUGCUGGGGCAGGUGGAGCAGGAGCAGCAGCGGGCGGCGCAGGCAGAGGCGCGGGUGGAGGAGGUGCUGCGGGAGCGCGAGAGGGAGCGCGUGGAGGGCCGCGAGCGCGUGCUGCACGUGGCAUCGAUGGCUGGAGGGACGCCGCAGCGACCAGCAGCAGGAGGGGCGCUCAGCAGCCAGCUGUCAUUUGGGGGAUCGGGCUUCUCCUCGUCGUCCUCGUCGCCCUCGGCCGCUGCGGCAGCCAUAGCGGCGUUAGCAGGCCCCGAGCUGGGGGUGGUGGUGGACAAGCAGGUGGCGUCGCAGCAGGGGGGGGCCAGAGGCGUGGCGCCGGGGGGCAAUCUGGGCGUGCCGGAGGGGUCGCGCAUCCUCGCCCGCAUGGCGUCGAGAAGGUACCCCUCGCCGCACGCACCCGGCAAGCACCCCACAUGGGAGGAAAUGGCUGCUUCCGCUGCCGCUGCCACUGCUGCUGCCGGUGCCGGUGCUGCAGGGGCUGGUGGCGCUGCUCUCACCAACUCGCCCUCUCUAUCGUCCUCCUCCAGCCGCUCCUCGCCCGUGCCUCCCUUCACCCACGCCUCUGCCUCCGCUGCGUCCGCGGCUCUCAUGGCGUCACCCCCCGGCAGCAGCGGCGGGGGCAUGGCAGCGGCGGCAGCAGCGGCCAUAGCAGCGCUGGAGCGCGUGGACGGCGCAGCGGCAGCGGCGGCGGCUGCCCUCACUGGCGAGGCGGGGGCUGAUGGGGGUUCCAGGCACCAUGGCAGCUCGGACGGCGCCCACCUGCCGUCCAUCCGGGAGGCGGCGUCGCGGGAGGAGGGCGAGGAGAAGAAAGUGGUGGCUGUCAGCCGCAGCAGCAGCGGCGGCGGGGAUGGCACCAGCCUCAGCACGGGUGGCAGCAGCAGCGGCUUGAGGCACGUGCGCUUCCCGGCUGCUGGGGCGGAGGAGAGCGAGGCAGAGGGCGCCUACACGCGCUCUAGCACACUGCCAGCAGGGUCGCUCUCAGCAGCAGCGAGGAGCACGUUCCGGCAGCGACCCAUGCUCAAGAGCCCCGCGGCUGCUGCGGAUGGUGCCGGGGGGUCUGGAGGCAUCAGCGAUACGGAGGCGAGAUCCGGCAGGAUCCGACGGCUGCAGUCGUUUAACCCGCGGCUGAGUGGUGGAGGGGCAGGAGGAGGGAGAGCAGCCGGGGUGGAGGGUGGUGCAGCGGCAGGGUCGGGAGGGCCGGGCGUGCCGCGGCCACUGGCGCCGACAAGGUCGCUGACCCGCGAGGAGGCCACCCGCAUGCUGGCGAGUGCGCAGAGGGAGGUGGAGGACGCUCAGAAGCACAAGGAGGAGAGCCGGUGGCUGCAGGCGGCGUACCGGGAGGCGGAGCAGCGGGCAGAGCAGGCGCUGGAGGCGGCGGCGGUGGAGCGGCUUCGCAUUGGCGAGCUGCAGGCGGCCAUGGCGGGGAAGGACGAGGAGAUCAGGGAGCUUCAGGAGAAGAACCAGGAGCUGCAGCACGCACUCACGCUCAAGGCCAAGGAGGUGCGCACGCUCAGCCAGCGACUCCUGCUGUCUCACCCUGCCAGCGACACGCCGGCGCUGCCCGUGGACAAGCAGCAGGAGCUGCUGCUAUUGGAGGUGGCGAGCACGCGCUUCGCGUUUGGCCCGGAGGGGCAGGCGGUGGCAGCGUGCAUGGUGUACCGCGCGCUGCAGCAGUGGGGCGCGCUGGAGGCGGAGCGCACCAACACGUUCGACCGCAUCGUGGAGGCGUUCCAGCGGGGGUCCCGGGACGAGCUGCUGCCCUCGCAGGCCUACUGGCUCACCAACCAUGUCACACUCUACUACCUCGUGCAGGUGGUGUACCAGCCGCCAGUGCAGCACGCGUUCCAGGACAGCUUCUCCUUCUCCUUCUUCGGCAUGGCCUCCCGCCCGCCCCUUGCGCCCAAGCCGGCCUCCCAGCGUGUGGAUCUGACGCUGUUCAAGCAGCAGCUGGCGACGGGCACGGAGCGCCUCUUCGUCACCAUCCGCGACACCGCCAAGGCCGAACUAGCCAAGCACUUCGCACUGCCCUCGCAGCAGGAGGCGGCAGCAGCAGAUGCCGACGCGGACAGCGCAGCCGGUGACGCUGCAGCAGGGGGGGCGGGUGCAGGCGGGGCUGGCAAGGCAGGCGGCGGCGGGGGGAGGAGGCUGGCGCGGGCGCGGGCGAGGGGCGGGGGGCGGUCGGGAGCGGCGCUGGUGAGGAAGCACGUGGUGAACUACUGGGCCAAUGUGGUGGUCACGCUCAAGCAGGUGACGGGUGUGCUGCUGGCGAACCACGUGCCAGCGGUGCUGGUGGAUGCGCUGCUGCGGCAGCUGCUCUUCUUCGUCAACGUCAAGAUCGUCAACGGGCUGAUGGUGCGGUCGCAGUGGUGCCCAUGCACCUAUAGCAACGGCGAACUCAUGGAGGAGGGGCUGGGGCGGCUGGACCAGUGGGUGCACGACGUGGACGUGCAGCUGCGGGACGCCAUGGGCGGCACCAAGGAGCCGCUCAAGAAGGAGCUCAGGCACAUCCGACAGGCCAUCUACUUCCUGACGCUGGACCACAAGCCGCGGCGGUCGCUGGAGGAGAUAGAGGAGCUGUGCCCGGACCUGACGCUGAACCAGCUGGUGCACAUGUGCAUCUGGUACGAGGACGACGCCUACGGCACCAAGGGCGUUGACUCCAGUGUCAUCGAACGCAUGUGGGCGCUCAUGGUGGACGACUGCCCCAUGCUGCUCAGGGACGAUGAGAGCAUCCCGUUCACGGUGGACGACAUCGCCCUGUGCCUGCCCGCCGUGGACCUGGACGACCUGCAGCCGCCCCCCGAGCUCCAGCAGGACCCCGCCUUCCACUUCCUCCUGCCCCACGCCGCGCUCCCACCCGCUGCCCCUUUGCCUUUCCCCUCCACGCCCUCCCUGCCGGCACGUGACCCAUCUGAGUCGCCCAUUGCGGCGCACUCCCACCUGCCGGCGCGCUCUGCCUCGGCUGCCGGGGCCCUCAGCAGCCCCACCACGCCCCGCGCUGCCACCCCCACCGCCACCGCCGCUGCCCCGGUGCCAUCGUUUGGCGCCAGCGCCUGGGACCUGCUGAGGGGUGGUGCGUGGAGACGAGCUGCGGAGCCUCAAUGAGAGAAGGGGGGUGGGGGGGUGGGGGGAGGAAAGAAGGUAGGGAAGACAAUACGAGAUUGAAGCAUGUGGAAGUUCUUGGAGUGGAGAGGAGAUGGUGGUUUUCGCUUUUGUGAUGGAGAAGUGGGAAUUAAUUGCAGGCUCAUACCGUCAUCUCCCAGCAUGAUCAACCUAGGUCUUGCUCAAAUCUGAACAAAAAUCAUCCGGGUGGACAUACCAUAUUCGCCUCGAUUGAAGAACCUGGAUUUUGUCCAACACCGGAACACGUUGACGUUGGCAAAAACAACAUUGAUUAAUGUGAUGUCCUAAAAUUACCUCAUCCC